CCAACGGGAGAGCUGCGGAGUUUGCUCACUGCCACCAUCGCCAUUGCUUCUUCAGUAGCUGUCUCGUAUUCUAGGAAAACAGUAGCAGCAGCAGCAGCAAGAGUAUGGCUGCGACAAAGAGGAGUGAGAGGGAGGUUUAGGGAAGUGUGGACAAUUCGCCAACGUAGGGCGAGAUGCGCGAGAACUUUCAAUGCUGCGGCGGAGAGAGUAGUGUGCAGGAGGUGGCCGGAUAUUGAGCUUAAUUGCACCGUGUCGCUGAUCCUUUCCUACUUGAUUCAGGUAGUUGAAAUUGUGCAGUGAUUGGACUCGUUAGGAUUCGUGAUUUGGUAGAGGAUUUGAAUUGACAUGCCACUGUUAUGCUCGUGAUGAAAAUUGGUGUGGCGGACUGCAGUUCUGGAAAUUAGUUGGAUAUAAUUGACAGAGGAACAGACGCCCGAAAUUUCCUGCUCGGAAAUGUCAUACCAAUACGUCUUGGCUAUAUUGGAGUUGUUACUGGGAGUCAAGAGGAUAUUAUUGCAACAAGUCCAUUCUCCUCUACUACAUAUUACAUUCCCACGCACAACCAGAGCAUAUUGGCUUCGAUCCGUUCAGAAUGCAUCUGCGCUUUAGGACGUCAAGUGUAUGUAUACUUUAAGGCAGCCGGGUGUUUAUGACAACGACGGAGAGGAUGAGUGGAUAAUUUGUCUCUGCGAGCGGACAACUGUGCAACUUCUGGAUGGGUGUGGAAAAUUAUCAUGUAAUAGAAUUUGUGGGAGAGGGUUCAUUUGGGAAAGUCUACAAAGGUCGGAGAAAAUACACGGACCAGACUGUUGCAAUGAAGUUCAUUGUGAAGCAUGGCAAGAGUGACAAGGACAUCGACAACCUUAGACAGGAGAUUGAAAUAUUGCAGCAACUUAAGCAUGAGAAUAUCAUAGAAAUGCUCGAUGCUUUUGAAAGUGACCAGGAGUUUUGUGUAGUGACCGAGAUUGCUCAGCUAUAAUAGGGUGAACUGUCUGAGCUCCUGGAAGAUGACAAGUACCUUCCAGAAGCUCAAGUGCAAGCUACAGCAAAACAACUGGUUAAAGCGCUACAUUAUCUUCACUCUCAUCGUAUCAUUCACAGGGGUAUGAAGCCGCAGAAUAUUUUGAUUGGUGCUAGGAUAGUGAAGCUAUGCGGCUUUGGUUUCGCAAGGGCAAUGUCUUGCAACACUACGGUUUUGCGGUCUAUCAAAGGUAUACCCCUCUACAUGGCUCCUGAGCUAGUUCAAGAGCAUUCCUACAACCACAUAUCUGAUCUUUGGUCUUUUGGUGUCAUUCUGUAUGAGCUUUAUGUAGGUCAACCACUUUUCUACACAAACUCAGUGUACACACUUAUAAGACAUAUUGUUAAGGUGUCUAGGGCUGUCACCUGGGCAAUCUCAGCCUUAGCGUACACUCUUAGAGGAGGAGGCUAUCGUGAAGUCUUAUUUCGCCGUGUACUUAUACUGACUCUGCUAAACUUAAUGGAUCGAGUUCAUCUUUCACAUUUACAGCUAUGGGAGGGAAAUUGUGAUGGUCGUGAUGGAUUGCGGGCUUUGGUACGUGAGAUUGUUGAAGUUCUAGAAUUUCUUUUUGUGCAAGCGCAGAGUAUUCCUGGCGCAGUUUCUAGUACUGCAGCUACUCCUGUACCUGAUGGGAGAACGGCGUUGGACUCCGAAACGGAGUUGGCUAGGGCUAUGGCAGCAAACAUGCCUAAUUAUUGGCAGCUGCUGCAAGAGGUACAUGCUGCUGCUCCUCUAGUAAGAUGCCUGGAGUUGAUGCAUACGAAUGAUUUAGGCAGGCCAGUUGGGCUCAUUGCCCAAAUGGUGCAAAGUUCUAGGGUUUUGGCGGGACAAGUUGUUUCAGAAGGCUUCCUUGGUGGUCCGCUAAUGGUCAAACUCUCGAACCUCGCCUCUCCUGAAGAGGUUGUGCGGGAUGUGCUUAUGACCUUAUCUAAUCUCUCUCGCAUGAACAAGGAUUUUUAUGAGUCUAUUGGAGAGGCCAAUAUAUGGGAUGCUUUGAAAGCUUGUCCUCACCACACGGAUCCUGGUAUUCGUUCCAAGGCUUGCAGUGCCUUGGGAAACAUGUGUCGACAUACGCCCUAUUUUUACGAUGCUCUGGUUAAGCAUAACAUUGUCAUUAUUCUCAUUGACCGAUGUGUGGAUCCGGAUAGGUAUACGCGGAAGUUUGCUUGCUUUGCGAUACGUGUUGGAAAUGCUGCUUACCAUGAUGAUAGACUAUAUGAUCAACUGCAACGUUGUAUUCCACACCUGACUAUAUUGCUAGAGGAUGAGGAAGAUAAGACUAAAUCAAAUGCUGCUGGUGCACUCAGCAACCUUGUGCGAAAUUCUAACAGGCUCUGUGAUGACAUCAUCUCCAAGGGAGCAUUGCAGUCCCUGUAUCAAGUAAUUUUUGAUUGAGCAGCUUCUCUCAAUAAUGUGAGGCAAGAAAUAAGCACCGAGUCUCCUGUCACAACUAUAGUGGCUUACGACCAUUAUUAACAACAUCAUGCGCUGGAGAUGUGUAUGACAUGGAAGAUGUGUGCAGGAUGAUGACUAUGAGUUCAAGUGGUGCACAAUGCGCACAAGGUAUUGUGGAAUAAUAUAUGCGCAAUUUUCGCAAAAAUCGGAUGUAGCAAUGCAUGGGGUGGCAACUUAAUGUUCUCCCUGGUCUGCUGUUAACAGGUUUCAUUGUACAAUCCUUCGUUCAUGAACAGUGUAACAUCAGUUCGCGUCCCUUUGAUCA